AUGUCUCAACGUGUGGCUAUCAUUGGAGCUGGAGUAGCAGGGUUAUUGUCCAUUAAAAGUUGUCUGGAGGAAGGUCUGGUGCCAGUUUGUUUGGAGAGGCACGAUGAUUUAGGUGGUAUUUGGUACUACGGUGAUGAACUACGAAAAGGACAGGUGGCGGCCACCUAUGAUUCUGUGGUUACCAAUAUCAGCAAAGAAAUGUUAUGCUUCUCCGACUUUCCAUUUCCAAAGGAAUGGCCGCCGUUCAUACCACAUAAAAAGGUACAUCAAUAUUUGCACAGCUAUGCAGAACACUUCGGGUUGAAGAAAUACAUCAGAUAUAACCAAGAUGUGCUUUCAAUAGAAAAGUCGGGCGAUGAUGGAUGGAAUGUUGUCUCAAUGAAUAGUGAUGGCAGGGUUAAAGAAAUAUUUGACCAUUUGAUGGUGUGUACUGGAAUAUACAACAAAAUACAUUACCCAUCGUACCCUGGCUUGGAUGAAUUUACGGGAAUACAGAUACAUGCAAAUCAAUACCGAAACACAACAGGAUUAACUAACAAACGAAUUGUUGUUGUAGGUGCAGGUUUCACCGCUGGAGAAAUAUCAUGCGAACUUGCCAGGACUGGAUCUACUGAGAUUGCCCAUUGCCAAUUCAAUCGAAUGACUGAUGACGGCGAUAAUAUGCAGCUGUAUAAAUACGUGUUUCCGGUUCGUGUGGAAAACCCAGAGAAACUUGCUAUAAUUGGCAUGAUAGCUCCAUUUAGUGCCGUGUGGCCAUGCAUGGAACUCCAAGCCAGGUGGGCCACAAGGGUGUUUACUAAAAACCUGAAGUUGCCGAAGAAAGAAGAAAUGCUCGCCGACAUUGAAACAAAGCCCAAAUAUGGCAGACGCUACUGUUUCAUAAACCCAUUUAAAUACGAAGACGAAAUUGCUGAAGAUAUUGGUGUGAAACCUUCAUUCUGGAAACUACUGCUCUCUGAUCCAAAGCUGGCCAUGGCGUUCCAGUAUGGGCCACAGCUACCGUACAUGUAUCGUUUGCAAGGCCCUGGAAAAUGGGACGGCGCACGUGACGCUAUAUUAAAUGCAGAAAUGAACACAACGUCGCACAUGGGCUCAUAUAGAUCACAGCACGCCAAGUAG